GCUGGUACCUACCAAGGUACCCGACCUUACCUUGGAAGUCAGUUUGGUUAUCAGACUCAACGUAGAUUUUUCUCCCUCCUCUCCUUCCACUCUGCCAACCCAAGGAUUCCCUGCGGAUCUAUCCAAACCAACAAUCCACAGCUGGUAGCCUUCUAAGGACAUGGCAUCACUAUCAGGCGCCGAUCUGUCCGACCCCCGGCUCUCAGAGGACGAUGCGAAGGAAGCUACGGCAGCUGAACUCGAUACAAUCCUGAAAGAUUGGAAAUCAUGCUACCUCAAAAUGAGCGACUAGGUCUUUGCAGCCAUUCACAAAUACAAGACCGACUGCGAGGGACUGUCUGAGAGGCGCUCGGCAAGCAUUUUGCGGUUGGGAAGUCAGUUCCCGGGCGCUGCGCAUGAAAUCGAGAAAGAACCCUGGCGCAUGAUUCCGGCGAGCAGUGUGAUCGAUGUCCGGGCCAGCACUCGUUUCUCCUUCUCGCCCGCCAGGCCGACGAAUAAAGGCGCAGGCUCCCCACCGACUAUCGUGGUUGUGCGAAAUGCCCCACAGGUAAAGCCCGAGGCUGCCGGUGCACAGGAUGCCGCUCAACCAGUCACUCAACCAGUCGCUCAAUCAGUUGCCCUUCCGGAGGCUGACAGAGCUCCGCCAAGCCAACCAGCCAGCAACGCAGUGCCUCCGCCUGCUGAGAUGGCGACGAGGGUCGAGGAGCCGACCAUAGAAACCCGCCAGGCCCCCGUCGAGAUCACCGACUCACAGGGUGAGGCAUCAUCGGAGCUAUCAUCGGAGCUAUCAUCGCUGUCGAGGUCUCCGUCACGGGGAUCCAGCCCCGAAAACAUCACCAGCAAAUCGCACGGGUAUCCUUACGAAGAUAAACGCCCAAUUCCAAACACCGCCGUGGCGAGACAUUAUCCCACGCUUUGGGUAUUCGGAAACAAGAAUGACCGCGAGCCACUCGUGCUAAAAUGUCCAACCUGCGAUACAUGCAUCGACGAAGACCCGUAUAAGUCCGACCAGGCAACGGACCAUUUCAAGGAAUGCCGCCUCCCUUUUGAGAAUGUGCAGGACUUGAUCAACAGAUAUGCAACCCGAGUCGUCGCACAUGCGGGCCGGAUAUUAAGACCGGAAUGGGCCGAGAAGCAUAACAAACGGCUUGCUAGCAAAAACGACAGAUCUCGGAAACGGAGACAAUGCAGAGUCUAGACUAGCACUGUCGCUAGUGGAAGACAUUUUUGCGAUGGAGUGGAGAGAUUUGGGGGGGACAACACGAUGAGAUGAAACAAAUGGAUGAAAGUUGUGCGUGAGGGCGUUGUUGCAUAGCCCUUGGGCGAUUUCGUAGUCGCGCAGUUGGGGGUUUGAGUUGUGAUGGAUAGGUAACCUAAGAUCAAGUUUACCAAAGUUCUCGAAUCUCG